AUGGAUGAUAUGCAACAAUCGGUGGCCAGCUUGCGAGAUUUUCAAUCUGAGACAUCUGAUUGCUAUAAUGAAGGAACUAAAUAUUGUUCUGUAAAUGCGUGCAGUUCUGAAACAAAGAACUUAGAAGGAACAAAUGAAGUAUGGUACAACAUUUCAGAAAAACUUGAUCGGGUAUCUGUCCAUGGGAUUUUUAAUCUUGUCAACGCAAGAGGUCUCUUCAAAAAGGUGUUCUGGUCCGUAGCAUUCCUGUGCAUGUUCACCGGUUUGAUCCUAAAUACCAUCCUCCUCAUCAGAAAAUAUUCCUCAUACUCAGUUGACAUCAAUUAUGCAAUAAUAACGAGAAAACAAGCCCCAUUUCCAUCGGUGACUGUUUGCAAUCUGCAUCCCUACAAGAACAUUCAAUUGAAAACCAAUGCAAACGAUACCUCACCAGCCGCACAUGUUGGCGAGCGAAGAAUUAAAAGGCAAAGUAUAAAAUUAGCCACCUCCAAGGAGAACAUCGCAUUGCACAUGAAAGCCUAUCAAAGCAGUACUUGCAAGAACCAUCCAAUGGACGAUGCCAACAGAGCCGUAGACGGUAAAACAUCUCCUCGCUUGGACGAAGGCGAAUGUGCACAUGGCGGCCUGGAUAGAAAUGAAAGGAGUUGGCUCAUGAUUGACCUUCAAAACGAUACCACCUUCAAGAAAAUUAUUCUUUACCAUAGAAGCCCAAAUGAAUGUUUGUAA